UGAUAACAAAAAGCAUGAGUCAACCAGACCUUUGUCAACCAUAUGGGUGAUUAGCUUUUACUGAUUAAAAGGCGUCUGUAGCCCAUCAAAAGGCUCUUGACACCUCACAAGAGUUUGGGUUAAAUUUGUCUGACAACUCCCCACUACCACCCACAGCCCACCCCCACCUCAAAGGGCACAUACAGGAAGGUGUUAAAAAGCACACAGUAAAGACCCACAGACACCUCAGAUACUUGUGAUACUGUGUCAGCAUGAGUUCAUAAGGAGCUCUCUGCUGCCAUAUUAAAAGUUAUACAAGCCUGAUUUUGCUUAUAUAACAGUGGGAUAGCUGAUUUUCUCUUGGUGCCUGGUGUUCCUGGCAAGCAAACCAGGCAGUGUUAACAAAACACAAUGGUGUACUGUUUAAACUCUUUGUAGAAGAGUAAGGCAGUUUAUUAUGCAUGUUGAUGAAAGCUGCAGUAUUUGCAUAUUGAACUUGGAACAUACUUCAGUCACAUUGCUUUACAGCAGAAGUGAAUGCUUAGAGUGUGUUCUCAAAUCCUCAAGACACCAAGUCAAGCGCUUUCUCCCUGUGCUGUUAUUCUACAAAUCACUACAUUCAAUGGUAUUUUAUACUAUAUGUUAUGGUAAGCCAGUAUAAAACUUAAAAACAGUUAGUUAAUUAAGCAACGUGGUCAUCAACAUAAUUAAAGCUCCAAAAUCAAUUUAUCUAAUGAACCAUUUGCACCUAAAACAGUAAACGGCAGUUUGGCGGAGGAGCCAAACGUUUUCCUUUUGGUGGACCACUGGAAGGCCAUUGGUCGAUGGGACAGGCUAUUUGCAUAUACCGGUGCUUAUAGUCCCACAGCAAAGUCAGAGUUCAUCACAGCUGUGUUUCGAUCUGACAGAGAUCAUAUGCGGAUUGUUCGCGCCAUUUAUGAGCUUUUUGGACAUUUUUUAACCCCAUCACCAUGAGUUUGUUCAAGCUUGCAGGAGUUGGACUGUGCAUGCUGCUUGCUUUUUUCCCAUACACUGCUCAGUGUACAACUACGAGGUAUUUUACCUAUGAAGAGGAUGCACCUGGGACAGAAAUUGGAAAUUUGUCUCGAGAUUUGAAGAUUGAUCCAGCGGAUGACCCUGACACGUCGUUCCGCUUUAUGCAGGAAAACAACUCCUCUGUGAUUCAUAUGAGAGAAACAGACGGACUUCUGACUGUUGCAGAAAUAAUCGAUCGAGAGCAGCUCUGCCCCAGGUCUCCCCGUUGUUUCAUCACCUUCGACACUGUGGCCUUCUCCAAAGAAAAGUUUCAACUCAUCCACGUGGAGAUCGAGGUAAAAGAUAUCAACGACCAUUCUCCUUACUUUCUGCGCAAUGAGACAGAUCUAGAGAUAGUGGAAAGUGUUCCACUCCAAUCGCGAUUCCCACUACAGAUUGCUCUUGACCAGGAUGUGGGUGAAAACUACAUUCAGAGCUAUAACAUUUCUCCCUCCAAUCAUUUUGCUAUUGAAGUGCGCGACAGAGAGGAUGGAGUGAAAUUUGCUGAGCUGGUGCUGGUGAGGGAGCUCGACAGGGAAGUGGAGGACGCCUACGCAAUCGAAGUUACUGCAUCUGAUGGAGGAAUGCCUGCAAAGUCCGGGUCUAUGACUGUAAAUAUCAAAGUCCUAGACUCUAAUGACAACAGUCCGACGUUUGAACACAACUCUCUGAAAGUUGAGCUGAACGAAGACUCACCUGUAGGUCACCGAGUUAUCAGAGUCCACGCGUUUGACCCCGACGACGGCAUUAACGGCGAGGUAAUGUACGCGUUUGCCGACGGGUUAUCAACAGAAGCUGCGAGCCUGUUCCACAUCGACCCAUAUUCCGGGGAUGUGACCUUGAAAGCGCAGGUUGAUUUUGAGAAAAGGAGGUCGUACGAGCUCCACAUCAAAGCAUCUGAUUUAGGAGCGAACUCUGUGCCAUCCAGCUGCAAGGUUGUGAUAGAUGUCGUAGAUGUGAAUGACAAUGCACCCGAAAUCAGCAUCAAACCGAUGACCCCCAGCAGUGACGGAAUCGCCUACAUCACAGAAGCGGCAGCUGCAGAGAGUUUCGUGGCUCUGAUCAGCACCACGGACAGAGACUCUGGCUCCAACGGGUACGUGCGCAUCAGCCUGCUCGGGCACGAGCAUUUCACCCUCCAACAGGCAUAUGGGGACACUUUCAUGAUUAUCACCACCUCCACUUUAGACAGAGAGAAGAUCCCAGAGUAUAACCUCACUGUGGUUGCAGAAGACCUGGGAAGCCCACCUUUUAAAACUGUCAGACACUAUACUAUCCGUGUAAUAGAUGAGAAUGACAACCCUCCUCACUUUAGUAAGUCACUUUAUGAAGUUUCAGUUCUGGAAAAUAAUAUCCCAGGUUCAUAUGUAACCACUGUUGUUGCUCGAGAUCCUGAUGUGGGAAAGAACGCCCAAGUGUCAUACAAACUCAUAGAUGCAGAGGUGCCAGGAGGAUCGCCUGUGUCCACUUAUGUCUCUGUUGAUUCUCGCUCAGGGUCUUUGUAUACAUCAAGGUCUUUUGAUUAUGAGACUCUUCAGCAGAUUGAACUGGUCAUCCAAGCAGAAGACAGAGGCUCCCCCUCUCUUUCAAGCACAUCUAUAAUCAGGAUUAAGGUGGUGGACCAGAAUGACAACUAUCCAUACUUCAUCUUUCCUGUCCUCAUGAAUGGCACUGCUGAUAUUUCGUUGCCUUUUAAUGCACCUGCUGGCUAUCUUGCCCUUUGUGUCUCAGCUGAAGAUGAGGACGAGGGCAUGAAUGGUGAGCUCUCCUAUGAAAUUGUACAAGGUGACCCAAAGCUUUUUACAAUGAACAAAGACACUGGAGAGAUUGCCCUAAAACAAUGGCUGACAGCAGAAAUUGGAGAUGUGCUGGAAAUUAAAAUAGCCGUGAGUGACAAUGGCAGGUCCCAGCUCUCUAGCAGUGCCACUGUUAGAUUUGUUGUCUCCGACACAGGGCCCUCCGAAGACCAAGUUGUCAUUGUGUUGCGGUCAAACAAUGAAGAAGGCUACAGCUUGGAUGGCUCACUAAUUACCAUUAUUAUGCUCAGUGGGGGUUGUGUAUUGUUGCUGAUUGCAAUAGUGGUUGUUGUCACAUGCAAACUCAGCCGUGGGGGAAGAAGACAUGGCACCAAGAGAGAUGUGUGUCACAGCCUGUUUGAUGCCAGGCCUGUGCCCAUGCUGGGCUCCACUGAACCAAACAUAUACACGGGUCAAGGAGGCUUCUUCGAUGAGAGGACCUCUUCAUCACUGGAUGACUCCUGCCUUUAUGAGGAAAGGAGUGGGGACUCAGAGACAAAGACGUUUCUGGCCUCCAAGCAUUUCCAACCAACUUCUGUGUGGCAAGGUGACAAAUACUGCUUGCAAGUGAGUGGCAUUGGCAACACCGACCAGCUGAGCGUGAAGGACAGUGGCAAAGGGGACAGCGACUUCAACGACAGUGACUCUGAUAUCAGUGGCGAUGGAGGCAAGAAGAAUUUCAGCACCUUCCACCCGAGUAUAAAAAGUUCAUCCGGCAUUGGAAACAGCUUAUCCGGGGAUUGCCAAGGCACCUACUGUGUAAUACCAGCACAGACCUUCAAAGCCCCUAGAGAGAGCGCAUACACAACAGGCUUCUCAUCUGCACCCGUCUUCAACAGCCCUGAUGGUUAUCCUCACUCCUGGAAAGACUCUGACUAUGGCACAAAUCAGUCAGAAUCAAGGAGCAGCAUGCAGACCUUCUCCAGGACUGGGACCCUCCCUUCCUAUUUCCCACAGUACCGGCGUGAGGCUGCUGUUGGUGCUGAAAUUCACAAGCAGAGUCUAAAUAUUGUAACUGUGGCUACAGCAUCAGAGGUUGCAACUAUCUUUUGAUUAUGUGAUUGAGAUGUUUUGAUUGUAGAUGUAAGUUAUUGAUACUCAUUAUUUAGUUAACAGGUGUACAUAUUUUUGAUGAACAUUAUUGUUUAUUCUAGUUAAGUUAUUUAAGUUUUGGUAUAUUGUAUUUUAUGGUGCACCCUGGUGUUUCUUUUCUCAGUAAAAGUGUGAUUGAAACCCUGAAAAAUGACAUGUAUUCAACAGUUUUC